UAUCUUUAAAAUAUGCUAAGAUUAAAAUUAUUUCUUUAGUUUAGUUAAAUUAUUUUUUCAACAUGAAGAGUUUAUAUGUGUUAUUAGUCUUUUUAUUAUUACAAUAUGAUGUAAUAUGUAUCACCAAAGAUACUAGUAGUAUUGUAAAACCAGCUUUAACAGAAGAAAACUUAAAUUGGGCUGCAUUUACAGAAAAUUACAAUGAUGGAUCAAACAUUAAUAACAAUGUACGCAGUAAAUUUGACCAAACACCUAUUGCUUCUUCAAUCCAUCAACAAAAAACUCAAACAUUAAAUAGUAAUCAGAAUUUAGGAGAACCUUCAUGGGAUGGUGAAAACUGUCCACCAAAAACAACUGGUCUUUAUCCCAUAAUAUUAGAUUGUCGAAAAUAUCUCAAUUGUUUUAAAGGUCGUGGUUUUGUUCAAUCAUGUGCUCCUGGUACAUUAUUUAAUUCUAAAUCAUUAGAAUGUGAUUUUCCAUCAAAAGUUCAAUGUUUUAAUGGAAACCUACCUAAUUCAAUCACUCAGCCUAAUCAAAACUUCCAAACAAAUGAACAAUUACCAAAUCAAGAAUAUUAUGUUGGUAACCAUGAUCAACUAAAAAAUAAUCGAAAUCAAGUAGAUGGUUCAAGUAUUGUUGAAAAUACAUACCAUGACAGUUCAAAUAUACUGAAUGAUUAUGGAGUUCAACCAGAAAAAAGUAAACCUUUGUAUGGCUCUGAUUUUAUAGUUAAUGGACCUAUUAGGAAUCAAGAGUCUACACGUCAAUUUAAGAAUCCAGACUUAAGUUCUAAUCAAAAUAUUCAAAGUGUAACUAAAGAACAAAAUAAAUUUUCAGAUAAACCAGUUACUACUCAGCAAUUCAAUAAUAAUCCGAUUGAAAAUUCCAACUAUUAUAAUCCAAACAUUCCAUCUAAUUAUCCUAGUAGUUCUAAUCAGUAUAAUAGUAAUUUUGAUAAACAUACAAGAAUUAAUCAGCCACAGAAUAAAGUUCGUUUUUCAAAAGAAUUCUCAAAUCUCUCUCAAAAUAAGUAUAAUACAUUAAAUAAAGAAAAUAAUAAUCCUACACUAGUUAGUCCAACAUCUUGGAUGCGUAACCAACUGAAGGGAAAACAUGGGUCUAAUCAAAAUAUAAAUUCUUAUAGUCAAACAAAUGUACCAUUAGGUAAUCAAGUUUUUGAAGGUCAAAUUUCAGAACCUGUAUCUGAUUAUAAUUUGAAUACAAAUAGUCAACAAAUAAAUAGUAAUAGUAGAUAUCCUUCAAAUUUUGAUGGAUCACAUAGUUACACAAAUUAUAAUCGUCAAACUCCUAUAGAAAAUGUUCCGGUUAUUAAUACAGGAUAUCCAAAUUCAGAAAAUACACCACUUUUUGCAUUGGAACAAUCACAAAAUCCACCUCUGAUAUCUCAUAAUAUAGAAUUGAACUCAAAUAAUAAACCUGAUACUGAUUAUAAACAACCUACUUCAUCUCAAUACCCACAUUCAAUCCUUUAUAACAAACCAAUAAACUCAAAUGUGUUUCAAAAUAAUGAACAGUUAGCAGGAUACCCAAUUACUUACAAUAGUCAAACUAAUAGUAAGCCAGUUGAUGAUAGAUCAAAUAAUCAGUUUCAAAUUUUAAUACCUAAUAUCACAGAAUCAGAACAAUUUUUAUCACCUCAUUUUACUUCUUUAAAAGAUACUUAUAACGAUCGAUCUGCUAAUGGAAGAAAAUAUAGCAAUCAGAAUGUUGACCAACCUUAUGUGUACGACAAUGCAUAUACUUCCAGGCCAGAAAUAUCAACAUAUCCGUUACAAAAUAAAGUCUCUGAUAUUAAAUGCCCUAAUAAUUAUAAUGGCAUUCUACCACAUCCUUAUGACUGUUCUAAAUUUCUAAGCUGUGCAAAUGGAAGAACAUUUAUAAUGGAUUGUGGUCCAGGAACCUUAUUUAAUCCUACAAUAUCUGUAUGUGAUCAUCCUUAUAAUGUUCAAUGUAACAGAGUAAUUGAGAUUGCUGCAACAACUGAAAUAUAUAAUCCUGAUCUAGAUCUUGAUGUCAGAGCAAAUUUUAGUGAAGACAUUAGUAAUAGUGAUGUAGUUUCACAAACAGAAUUGCCUGAUAAUCGAGCAGUUUUAGAAACAUUACCAAUAGAAAAUCGUCAACUUAAAGUUUUACGAAAUCCUACAUCAAUUGAUUUAUCAGAUAAUCAUUUACCAAAUACUUCUAUUAUUCAUACACCCUUUAAAGAUGUAAUAAAAAAAGUAGAAAAUAAUAUUUCUGUUAGAAUAGAUUUGAAACCAAAUAGUACUCAAUCAAUAAGAUUACGAGGUGGUCCAAAACAUUCUGAAGGAUUUUUACAAGUCCAGGAAAAACCUUUCCAAUGGGGUGUAGUUUGUGAUGAGCCAAAUUUGUGGACUAUUGAUAAAGCUGAUAUUGUUUGUAGGCAACUUGGAUUUAAGAGAGGAGCUGAACAAACAUGGCAAGGUUUAACUGUAACUACUGAUAAUCCUACUAAAUUAUUACGAAAUAUAGGUGUUACAAAGGUGUCCUGUAAUGGCCAAGAAAGUGUUUUUCAUAAUUGUCAAUUACAAAAUGAUAAAUCAUGCAAUGUAGAAAGGGAUGCAGUUUGGAUAAAAUGUCGUACCAAUUCUGGAUCUCGUUGUCAACCUGAGGAGGUAUCAUAUGAAGACAAAUGUUAUAAAUUAUAUAUUCCUACUGUAGAUAAACAAAAUAAAAGUAUUCAAGAUAUAGGUUUUAGCAAGGUUGAAGCAUUAGAACAUUGUCAAAAAAGAGGAGGGUCAUUAAUUGAUAUCAAUUCGCAGAAAGAAAAUGAUUUUGUUUCUGAAUGGCUUUAUAGACAGCAAAUUGAUGGACCUAUACUUACAUCAGGUGUAGGGGUUUCAGUUUUAGGAAAUCCAAUAUGGAUAUGGGAAGGAACAGAAAAUCCAUUUGUUCAUCGCAAUUGGUGGCCUGGAUGGGAAUUUAAAAAAACUAGUUCACCUAAUAUUAAAUCAAAUCGAGCUUUGUGUAUUGUUUUACAUAAAUCAUUCCCUUGUCCGUCCAAUCCCAAUAGUACAAAGUUAUGUGAUUCAGAAUAUUAUUAUUGGGAGGCUAUAGAUUGCGGAACCAAAACUGAUAGAUUACCAUAUAUUUGUGAAAGAAACAUUGAUGAUAUUGGUUGUAUUAAUGGCGCUGGUUCUGAUUACAAUGGUGCGGCCAACACUACUGCUUCAGGUAAUAAAUGUUUAUCGUGGGAAGAUGCAACAGUUUUAGCAGCAAUGAAAUAUCGAGUUUCAGAAAAAACUCGAAAAAUUCUAUUAACUAAGCAUAAUAAAUGUAGGAACCCAGAUGGAACUGAUUUGCAACCUUGGUGUUAUGUUCAAUCGACAGUUGGAAUGGUUCGUAGUGAAUUUUGUGAUAUUCCUACCUGUAGCACUGCUGCUAAGUCAUUUAGAGCUAGUGCUUUAAAUCAACAAAUCAAGUGUGAUGUAGGAUAUUUUGAAUGCCAACCUAAUGAGUGUAUAAACCAAGCUUGGGUGUGUGAUAAUCAGGCAGAUUGUAGCAAUGGAAUUGACGAAAAAAAUUGUACCAAUCCAUUAGAUAACUUUUCUAAAACUCCAGAAGUUCGUUUACCAAGCAAUGAAAUUGAAAAGUGGCUUCAUACUACUGUCCAUACUUGUGCUAAUCGCUGUAUUAUGUCUGAAGGUUUUGUGUGUCGGUCAUUUUCACAUAGCGAAGUUGAUCAAACAUGUAUACUAAGUGAUGGAUUGAAAAAUGAUAGUUUAUUUUUAGAACCACAUAAGGAAUGGACUUAUUACGAAGCUAAUAAUGCAGAUUGUUUUGGAAAAUUUAUUUGUGACAAUGGAAAUUGUAUUGAUAAAGUCCAGGAAUGUGAUGGCCACAAUGAUUGUGGGGAUCGUAGUGAUGAGAAUAAAUGUAACGGCACUGAUAAAAAGAUGGGUUAUGAAAUCAGGUUAGCGGGUGGUAAUACAACUUACGAAGGCCGUGUUGAAGUUAAAGUUCUUGGUGAAUGGGGUAUGAUUUGUGAUGAUAAAUUUGAUGUCCGUGAAGCUGAUGUUGUGUGUCGAGAAUUAGGUUUCCCAUCUUCAUUAGCUGUCAAGUCAAAUUCAUACUUUGGAGUGCCUGUUAAUAAAACACGGUUUGUUUUGGAUGAUUUGGAAUGUCGAGGAAACGAAAAAUCUUUGUAUUCUUGUCAGUUUAAAGAAUGGGGAAUUCAUGAUUGUAAUGCUCAAGAGUCGGUUGGAGUUAUUUGUCGUGUACCUGGUGGAAAAAAUUGUACAAAUGAAGAAUUUGAAUGUCAAUCAGGGGAAUGUAUACCUAUUCGUUUUUUGUGUGAUUCAUAUGCAGACUGUACUGACAAAUCAGAUGAACAUCCAGAUAGGUGCAAUUCUCCUUUAGAAGUUCGUUUAGUUGGUGGUAAUGAACGUCGCGCUGGGCUUGAAGGUAGAGUAGAAGUGCGUCAAUAUGGUAUUUGGGGAACAGUAUGUGAUGAUGAUUUUGGAACAAAAGAAGCUCUUGUAAUUUGUAAUCAUCUUGGCUACAAGGGUAGUGCAGAUUUUAAAAAAGAUGCUGCCUUUGGGCCUGGUAAAGGGCAAAUUUGGUUAGAUCAAUUACGUUGUAUAGGUAAUGAGACAUCAUUAGAACAUUGUAUUCAUGCCAAAUGGGGUCAACAUAAUUGUAAACACGAUGAAGAUGUCUCAGUUAUAUGUCAUUUGGACAGAAAACAAAAGAAUGACACAGUUAUUUUACCUAAAUAUGAGAUUAUAACUAAUAAAAAAUUAUUGAAAGAAUAUUUACCCACUCAAUGUGGUAAAAAAAUUGUAUCAUUGGAAAAAAGUAAAAUACAAAUGAGGAUAGCAUCUGGAUUCACUUCAGAAAGAGGUGUCCAUCCAUGGCAGGCUAGUAUACGAUCAAAAACUCCUUCAGGUCAAAUGGCACAUGUAUGUGGAGCAGUAAUUAUAUCUGAAUAUCAUGUAAUGACUGCAGCACAUUGUGUUCGAGAUUUAGAUAAAGAUGUAUAUUAUGUACGAAUCGGAGACUAUGACAUGGAUUUUCAAGAAGAUUCAGAACAAGAUAUUUAUAUAGAUGAAAUUUAUAACCAUGAAAAUUUUGAAGAAGGAAGUAUUAAGCUAAAUAAUGACAUAGCUGUUAUUAAAUUAAAAACCAAUGGCAUUAAAUUUAAUAAAUAUGUUCAACCUGUGUGUUUACCAUCGAAGGAUAUAAAAGUAAAAGACGAUUUCAAUUGUAGUAUUACUGGUUGGGGAUCAGAUGGAUCAAUUGGAUCAAGUUUUGCUAAAAUAUUAAGAUGGGCCAUUGUGCCGAUAAUAGAUUCAAAAAUAUGUAAAGCUGACUAUGUUUAUGGAAAAUUAUCAAUUAGUAAUGGAAUGUUUUGCGCUGGAAAUUUAGAUGGAGGAGCAGAUGCUUGUCAGGGUGAUUCUGGUGGUCCAUUAGUUUGUAAAACUGAUUAUGGAGAAACAGUUGUGGGAAUAACAAGUUGGGGUUAUGGCUGUGGAAGAGCAAAUCAUCCGGGAGUAUAUACAAAUGUAUCUUACUAUCGAACAUGGCUUGAUAAAACAUUACUCUAUUCUAUGACUUUUGAAUAAAUUUACUGAAAAUAAAUAAAUAAUUAAUAAAUUAUUAAAGUAUUGUUUAAAAAAAUUGUUUUGAUUAGUUAAAUAAGAUAACUAAGC